GCACCAGGACCUAAGAGCGGGGAGGGGAGGCUUGAGAUAGGGGUGGUGAGUGUGUAUGACAGAGGUCUUUUCUGCAUCUGACAGAGCAGUGUUUGUGUCCUGUUUGGCUGAGGAAUGCUGCUGUCCUGGGUGACAGGGGGGCAUUAUGUGGGCCUUAUGUCACUACUGGGUGUCUUGAAGCUGCACACAGAGCUGGCGCGUCAAACGGCACACUACCAACAUGCGUGACGGUCACAUCAGGCGUGAUCCAUGACCGGAGAAUCUCAGCGGCCAGGCCAGAUCUCCUUUGCAGAACCUUCGGCAGACUGGUCCGUGAGAAGUUUCUCUCUUGCUCGGUUGACUGUAGAUUUAAACAUAGUCUGUAUAGGAACCAAGGAUUUCGGUGUUUGCUCGACAGCUGGAGAGCUCCAGACGAGGACAGUGUGUGUGUUUGUGUGUGUCCCAGUUGGAGAAUGAGCUCGGUGGAGAUGGGGAAAAGGCAGCGUGGCAAGCUUGUUCAGCUGUGUGAGGGCUCCGAGGGUUAAAUCCUGCCGAGGCUCUCUCACACACACACUGCGACCGUGGACUCUUUCUCACAUACACACAAUGAGGCUAAGACGCCUGGGGUUGGGGCUGGGGCCAUGGGCUCUCGGUUCUCACACUCUGAACCAGUACUUCAUCCCUGCCUGGGACUUGGAUUCAGUCCCUAUCACGGUGCUCAGAGUGGCUGGCCGCUCCUUUGCUCCGCCAGCAUCAUCAUCUGUCCACUCACCAUCAUCAUUUCCGUUCAUUAAAUAUGAGGAUCCAUGGAGUCCAGCUUCUGAAAUCAUCAGACCUUGGCCGCCAUAGUCUACUGUAUCUAAAGGAGAUUGGACACGGUUGGUUUGGCAAGGUCCUGCUGGGUGAAGUCAAUGCGGGCCUCAGCACCACCCAGGUGGUGGUGAAAGAGCUGAAGGCCAGCGCCAGUGUCCAGGAUCAGAUGCAGUUCCUGGAGGAGGUGCAGCCAUACCGAACCCUCCAGCACCCUGCCCUACUGCAGUGCCUGGCACAGUGCUCAGAGGUCACUCCUUAUCUGCUGGUCAUGGAGUUUUGCCCUCUGGGUGAUCUGAAGAGCUACCUGCGCAGUUGUCGUGUGGCUGACUCUGAGACUCCUGACCCUUUGAUCCUCCAGCGAAUGGCAUGUGACAUUGCCUCAGGGCUUCUGCACCUCCACAAAUACAACUUUAUACACAGUGACUUGGCUUUGCGAAACUGCUUGCUUACUUCAGAAAUGUCAGUUAAGAUCGGAGACUAUGGCCUUUCUCACAGCCGAUACAAGGAUGAUUACUACGUAACACAAGACCAGAUCUGGGUGCCUCUGCGCUGGAUUGCACCUGAGCUCAUAGAUGAGGUCCAUGGCAACCUGCUGGUCGUUGAUCAAACAAAAUCUAGCAACAUAUGGUCAUUGGGGGUGACUGUGUGGGAGCUGUUGGAGCUGGGAAACCAGCCGUAUAGACAUUACUCUGACAGACAGGUGCUGACAUAUGCUGUGAAGGAACAACAGCUCAAACUACCCAAACCCAGGCUCCAAUUCCCCCUGGCUGAGCGCUGGUAUGAGGUGAUGCAGUUCUGCUGGCUGCAGCCAGAGCUGAGACCCAGCAGUGAGGAAGUGCACCUUCUGGUCACAUACUUGUGUGCCAAAGGCUCCAGUGAGGCUGAGGAAGACUUUGAACAACGUUGGAAUGCCUUGAGACCCAACCUGCUCGGUAGCACCUCCCAUACAACGACAUCCACAGCACUGAACCUGACCCCUACACCUGCCUCAGCUGACGACCCCAGUGCAGAACAAACUCAGGCAGUGGAGCUGGCUUCCUCUGCCUCGUCCUCCUUCCCUCUCCUAGAGCACUUCUCUGAUAGCUACCACUCUGACACAGGGGACGACCUACUCACUGUCACAGAGACCAGUCAUGGUCUCAACUUUGAGUACAAGUGGGAGCAGGCCCGAGCUGAGCAGCCCUACUGCUCCUCCUCCACCAGUGGGCCACUGGGCCAGGGGAACCCUCAUUACCAGGAUAUCUACUAUUCAAGUAAAGGAAGCAUCUCAGGGGGCUGCAAGACUGACAGUCUGACCUCAGGCAUAUCCCCAUCUUACUUUGAACCUGAACACCCGGGUGUGGUCCCAGUGUUGAGUGCCCAUAGCCCCUCUGUCAGCAGCGAAUACUACAUUCGCAUAGAGGAACCAGUAGAGUGUAACAUUAACCUGGAUGACAGCAUAGUGGACUACAGCCCAGGACUGGAAGCUAGCAGCAGCAGAUUGUCCUCUGAGAGUCGGACUGGUUCAUCCUUGGCACAGCCCAGUGCUUACUGGGCAACUGCUGACAACACUAAGUCUACUGCCUAUGACUCUGAUUCAAGCCCCACUGUCCAACUAACCAUGGAGCCACUGCUGAGACAGGCAUCCAACACCAGUCCUGUAAAGCUAGGCCACUCGCACAACUGCUUCUCAUCCAGUCAGGAUGACAUGGUCUACUGUGAACAGUCAUCAGCAUACACGACACGCCGCCAAUCAUUUCUGUCUGAACUGGACACAUCGCCAGAGUCCAGAUCAAACCUUGUCCAUCCAGCAGGGCAUUUAGAAAACCCACGCAGUUUGUCAAAAGCAGUGAGCAGCCCCAGCUUAGGGUUUUGCGAUCCCUACCUUGAAGCAAGCACAGGUCGUAGCACCGUUAAUGAAAGUUGCCAUAAUAUGAUAGGUCCCAUCAGAAAGACACUACCAAUUGUUAACCACAUUAGCAUAGAUGUAGGGACAGACGACGGCCUGCUGGUGGGCCAGCAGAGAGGUGAAGACAUUGAGGAUGACCUUUUCUCUGAAGGAGAGCCCACUAACUGGACUUCAAACCAUUCAGCAAACAAUAAUAGCUUGAGCUUUGACAGCAGGCAGACAGGCAGUGGGCAUGACGGCUAUCUGGACCUUCAAUAUACUGAUCACUCUAACACAAACGAAUUAUGGUCUUUAACCAAGGCCACCACCAGAACCUUCCACAGCUCCAGGUCUUGUGGCACCUCGGAAGCAGAAGGAGAAGACUAUGGUUCUAAUGCUGCUAGCAAAACCACUGAAUUAGGUUCAUACAUUUACUUAUAUCACAAAGAAAGAGAGGAAUCUGCCACUAAAGUGGAAAGGAACUUAACUGCAGAAAAUCUAAGAAAUUCUCUUACCAGCUCAAGUAUACAUGCCAGGGGUAUAGAGGGUGGAAAAAUUGAGGGAAAAUACGAAAAGCAAUUGUUGCUUAAUGGAGAGAGACUGUACUCUGAGCCUAAGAUGAUACCUGAGGCCAGCUAUAUAAAGUCCCCAUCCUUCAAUGAGCUUCAGACUGGUAAAACAGGAGCCUUAUCAGUCAAGCAGAGAGGUAAUAUCUGGGAGGGAGUUUCAGCAGGAAUCUCUAUUGGUCUAGGAGACAAGAGGCUAAACUAUCCAGAGACAUCAGAAAGUAGCAGAGCAUUGGACAGUGGUGUGGGGGUCAGAAACUCCAGCAUUAGCCUAGCUGAGCUUGGUGACUACAGUGAGGAUGAUGACGAUGACAUCACAGAUAUUACUUCAGGGAUCUUUGCUGACUUCAACCUGGACUAUGCUGAGGUAGAAGAUGAAGAGCUGAGCCCACUGAAGAAUUCAGAGAGAACCUCUGACUCUGUAGACACCCUUAACCUGUCCUCAUCAAUGGCAAGCACCUGUGAUCAGGGCUUCAGCCCUGAUCCCUUCAAUACCCCUGUCCUACCCAAAUCCCUGGACAGUGGCUAUGACACAGAGAACAACGAAUCUCCAGAGUUUAUCUUCAAAGAGCUUGGAGAUCCCCGGGGUGGUGAGAGGAGCCCAAGGCUUGGUGGAGAACCUGAACUAGUUCUGCAGGUGGGUUUAGGCCAAGGGGUCUGCACUUCCAAAAACACUUCAGAGCUACACUUAAAGGGCCUGACUGAUAAGAACCCAUACAGGGAUUCAGCCUAUUUCUCUGACUAUGAUGCUGAAAAUGAGAGGAGUCCUCAAGAGGAAGGCAGAAAGGUCUAUGCAGGUCCCCGUAACUUCACUGCUGAGAAAUUGAGCUCUAUUAAAGAUGACGAUUCUGUCAAAAGGCAGUUCAACCAUGAAGAUCAUUUAACAAAUCUGAGACACAUCAAAAAUUGUGUUUUGGUGAAUCUCUCAGAGGCUGACACUAGUUCCUCCCAUCCAAUUCCCACCCCUGGGUUGUCCAUGCUGUCACCCUUUCCUCCGCAGAUGGGCGGUUGCCUCACCAAAGAGUCUGCCCCUGCAGAUGAUGAUCUCGGGCUGGACACAGAGCACUCAGGAGAGGAGCCUUCCUCAGAGCUUAAUUCCUCCAUUGGGUCUGAACCCUCUUCCACUGUCCAGGAGGCCUCAGGAAACAAUGAGGAGGGGAACAGAAGAACAGAAGAUUGCUCCCCUGUCCAGUCUUUGCAUUCUGACUCCACUAUAAUUGAUUACAGAGAUGAAUCCCCCAAAGAAAAAGAAAAUGGUGAUGCAUCCACAGAGGAAGAAGAGCUGCCUGAAUUCAAUCAUGUCCAGGAAGAAACGGAGGACAAAAGGGAGGCUGUGAGAAUAAAUGAGGAAGAUUUUGAGGACAUAGAUGCUGAGGAAUGUGACUCACAGGACAGUUUAUGUGAAGAAUCCAACGGUCAUACUGACCUGUCUUCUUCCUCGUCAUUGUUGGAGCUGUGCGGAGAAGCAGUGAGAGCUCCGCUGGAGGAGGCAGAGGAUGAAGACGACUCAGAUGACAGUGAGUCUGAUGAAGAGUUGCGGACCUACAACAUUCAAGAUGAAGACAGUGAGGAGAGUGAGGAGGAUUUCACCACAGUGCCAGUGGUGGUAAGUGACUGCAGCAGGGCUAGACACCUCCGCAGCCUCCUGAAGAUGCCCACCCUGCUCACCCAGUCCUUCUGUGACGAGUUGGAGAGGAAGAAAAAAGCGGUGUCCUUUUUUGAUGAUGUUACAGUGUUCCUUUUUGACCAGGAGAGCCCCACAGGAGAGCUGGCUGACUUCGCCUUCUCCAUAGGAGCAGAGUCCAGUGAGCAGGAAUCUUCAGAGGAAAACACCUUAGACCACCUGCUGCAACUUGACCCUGAACCUGAAGCUGAACUUAAAACUCACUCCUGUGAAACAUACUGUGUUUCUGAAGAAAAAGAUGGAAACAACUCAGAAGAGGGUGGAGAAUAUGAAUGGAAAGAUGACCUCUCAUUUAAGCCGCGCACGUCCUCACCUGACACCAUCCAUGAGCCCAAGUCCUCACCCACAUCCACCUCCAACAGUCCUGAGGCUCCUAAACCAGCCGCUGUAGCACUUAACCGUUUUAUGGUUUCACGAUUCUCUAUCACACAUGUCUCUGACCCCCACAUGGCCUCAGCAACAGGGAGCAGUGAAGAUAGUCCAAAAGAUUGAGUGCCCUCUGGUUCUGACUGGAGGAGGAUGAGUCCUGGUCCUUCUUGACCCAGAAAAGCAGCAUUACUAUAUCUAGAUGUUUUACAGAGUUUUAUUUUUUAUCAAUGUUUGGGGCAUCUGACCCUGGUGACCCUUUAUGAGACAGUGCCUCAUAUUGUAGUGGAAGACCCUCAAUGAUUUGCACACUUUGUUUUUGUUUUUUAUUUUGUGAAGAAAGAACGAUAGCUGCUGGUAUGGCAACCUGACUGAGACAACACGGAGAGUUUUCAGAUCAUAUCCUUUGCAUAAAUAGAUAUCAUCAGUAUAUAAGUUUUAACAUGCAGUAUAUGACAAUAACUUAUUUGUUCAAUGCAGUAUAAAUUUUUUUGGUCACCUUACGGGUCAUUAAAUUAGUUAAUUUAGAAGAAAAAGAAAAAUAAGGAGAGAAAAACUAGUGAAAUGACAGGCUUCAUAGCUAUUCCUCUCGUUGGCUGCCUUGGUCCAUCUGCUUACCCUUGAUCUGGCAUUUUUAAAGACUGUUACAGCUCUCAUUGUUGGAGCCAGAGAACACUGCUUGCCUAUUGUCACAUAAGAAGAAAGCUGUGGUGGAUUUCCAAACACAUAAUCUGACUUUUUAACAGCCGUGGGUGGUGGUGAUGGUGUUUGAAGAUAGAGGUGCUGAAACUUAAUUUGUCCCUUCAUCCAAGUAAUUUCCAAAUCAUAUCGAUGACAGAACUCGGUGUGCUAUCUUAAAGGAAACAUAAUACAGUGUUCACUCCUUAAUUAUCACCACCACUCACUCUGGAUAACAGUGACCUAUAAUAUAUGUCUACAGUUACCAUAUCUGUCUGAAGCACUUUGUAUAGCUAAACUGGGUCUUUAUUUGUAGAAGUGAAGGUUUUUGUUGCUCUACAUCUCCCCAUCCCGGAAUGAAAUAUCUAAACGUGAGGUUCCCUAUUUGUGUCCACAGUGCCAGCUACAGAUUCACUUUAUUUUGUGGCAUAUUAGCUUGGUUUGUAUUAAUUUCAUCAGCAAUAGAGUGACACCAAAGGGAUAGAGAGGUGUUUCAACACAAUUCAGCGGUGUCAUGUCAUAAAUGUUGAAUGUCAGUAUCAUCUUUAUGCAUCUUUUCUAUGUCUAUGUAUUGCCCAUGUUCUCAUACAUAAUGUAUUCUAUUACAUUUGUGCUGAAUGCUCGGGUCUGAGGUAUACAAAAAAAA